CAGAGUGUGUGCAGAGCGGCUCACUGCACUGAAGGGAACGGCCGCAGUCCGUGCAGAUACAGACAUACUUAAGCACUGACAUCAGCCAGGACAGCGCUAACACGCUCUACGUUUAAAGGACAUCUCCCCCUCGCCGAAGAGGCGACACUCGAGAAACGUCAUCUGUCAUCCAUCCACGGACUCAGUUUUUAUUAUUAUUAUUAUUAUUAUUAUUAUUAUUAUUAUUAUUAUUAUUUUAUUAAGAAGACAGAUUUUUUUCCCUUCUCCUCGCCGUUCUCCGGGGACAAUGAGGAGCGGAUCCGAAGUUUGAGCGACUCCAGACGGAUCGCAGUCAUUUACGCUCCGCUCCGAGGCUGUCCGUGUUGAUCAGCGCUGUUAUUUAGCAGAUAGAAGAGGAAGAAGAAGAGGAAGAAGACGUGCGGGUAGUUCUGUUCUUGUUGAACUGUAGCCGCUUUUUCCUCCCCUGAAGGAUGGUGCUAGACAAGGAGGAGAGCGUGUCUGUCGUUCCCCUCCAGUCCAGAGAGAAGCCAAGAGGCUGUGCCGGCUGCAAUGGGAAGAUCCGGGACCGCUUCAUGCUCCAGGCGUUAGACAGGUUCUGGCAUGAAGACUGUCUGAAGUGUGCCUGCUGCGACUGCCGCCUGGGACGGAUCGGCUCCACCCUGUACACCCGGGCAAAUCUUAUCCUCUGCCGCAGAGACUACCUGAGGCUCUUCGGGGUGACGGGGAACUGUGCAGCCUGCAGUAAGCUGAUCCCUGCCUUUGAGAUGGUGAUGAGAGCCAGAGACAACGUCUACCAUUUAGACUGCUUUGCCUGUCAGCUCUGCCGCCAGAGAUUCUGCGUGGGAGACAAGUUCUUCCUCAAGAACAACAUGAUCCUGUGCCAGCUGGACUACGAAGGAGGCCAUCUUAAUGGAGGCUCCGACAGACAGCCACAAUGAGAGCAGAUCUGGAGAGGGACCACUGUGAGCCAGCUGGACCAUGAAACUCACAGCAGCACACUGCUCAUCAGCUUCUCGCUUCAAACUGAAGAAUGUAAAAAAAAAAAAAAAGAAGAAGAAAAUCUCCGAUUGGACACGUUCGCCGCGGCCAAUGUUUGAACUCUUUGUUGCAGAGCUGCGUGGUUAGUUUCCCUAAAAAAAAACAACUGACCGUUCCGAUCAGAUGAGCUCGAGGUCAGCCAGGAAGUGAAACUGGAGAAACUGUGAGGAGGACGUUUCCCACAAUGCUUUUUAUGGACUGCGAACUGGAGCGCUGCGGACUCUGACAAUAAUUUGAGGAGUUUGUUUAAAAAAAAAACAACAACAAAAAUUGAUACGAAAGACGAAUGAAGUGAGUCGGGGAAAAGAAUCAGGAGCUCUAGGACUGCCGGAUUCUCCUGGCUUUCAUCUUUGGAGGAAAACAAAAUAAUAAUAACAGUAAAAUAAAUAAAUACAUAAAACUUAGAUUUCCAGCCCAGUUUAAUUAUAUUCAAACUGUUUCCCUUGCUGCUUUUUUUUUCUGGAUUUAUUAAACUUUAAUUAAAUCACA